UUUCUCUCGUUUACUAUCUCCUCUUCCACAAAAGAAAAGGAGCUCCUGCGACACGAGACAAUGGCGAGCCCCAGCACUGGGAUCGAUAGUGGACGUGGCAGGGAACGCGAUAAUUCUGGAUUGAUGAGAGAAAAGCUAUCCGUGUUGAUUGUGGAUGAGGACGUGCUCACGUGUAGGGUGCUUGAGACACUUUUUUGCCAGCUCAAAGUUGCAAAAGACAUCCUGACUGAGAUUGCCACAGAUGGAAAGGAGGCCUUGGAUCGUCACCUUUCUGGAUUAUCUUUUGAUAUUAUUCUCAUGGAGAUGGAUUUGCCCAUCAAGGAUGGCCCGAAAGUGACGAGGGAGCUGCGAGCAAUGGGGGCAAAGAGCAUGAUCGUGGGACUGACUUCACGGGACUCCAAAGGUGACAAGGAAGCUUUUAUGGCGGCGGGUCUGGAUGAGUGCCUUGAGAAGCCAUUGACUGCUGAUAAGCUCAAGUCUCUUGUUGAAACCCUGGAGAAAAAGAAGUAGAGAUGUGAUUUGGCCAGCUUAUUGCUAAGGGAAGAAUAAUGAGUGAUCCUGCAAAAUAUAGAGUA